GCGGCGGCGGACACGGACGCGGACGCGGGCGUGGACGGCCCGCUGGAUCUGCAGGCCUUCCGCGACUACGGGGAGAGCUGGUACCGCUCCCGCAAGGGGCUGGAGAGCCGCUUCCAGCCGCGGGAGCCGCUGGCCCGGCAGCCGCAGGUGACGGCGGAGGCGCGCUGCAGGCUCGUCAGCUGGCUCAUCCCCGUGCGCCGGCACUUCGGGCUCUCCUUCGAGACCCUCUGCCUCGCCGUCAACAUCCUCGACCGCUUCCUCGCCACCACCCCCGUGGCCGCCGACUGCUUCCAGCUCCUGGGGGUGACGGCGCUCCUCCUCGCCUGCAAGCAGGUGGAGGUGCACCCGCCGCGCGUGACGGAGCUCCUGGCCCUCUGCUGCGACGCCUUCAGCCGCCAGCAGCUCUGCAACCUCGAGUGCAUCGUGCUGCAGCGGCUGCAGUUCAGCCUGGCGGCGCCCACCAUCAGCUUCUUCCUGGAGCACUUCACGCAGGUGCGGAUCGCCGCGCGCGGCGCGGACGCGGCGGAGGCGCGCGACGCCCGCAGCCUGGCGCGGGGCGUCGCCGAGCUCAGCCUGGCCGACUACGCCUUCACCCGGUACGCGCCGUCCCUGCUGGCGCUCUGCGCCCUGGGGCUGGCCGACCGGCUGCUGCAGCACCGCGCCCCGCUGGACCUGCGCCUCGGCGGCUACCCGGAGGCGCUGCUGCGCGGCUGCAUGCGCGAGCUGCGGCUCCUGGUGUCGCUGAACGCGCGCUGCCUGCCCGCGGCGGCUACGCAGCCACCUUAA